AUGCUCCCUCUACGUCAAUUGCAUUGGGGAUUGUUUUCAAAAGCUUCUACGGGAAAUUUACCCCGGUUAAAACAGUCAUUGCGGCUUUCUUUCUCUCAGCAACAAUCUCUGCACUCCGCCCACCAACUUCCCGAUUUCCCAAUCCUCGUUAGCGAUACCUCCGCCGAACACCAGAUCUACCAAUCCCUCACCACUGACCCGUAUAUCAACCUCUCAAUUGAGAAUUACCUUUAUAAAAAUACGCCCAAUGGAUCGAAAAUCCUUUUUCUCUACGUAAAUCGUCCCACCGUCGUUAUUGGCAGAAAUCAGAAUCCAUGGCUUGAGACGAAUUUACACCUUCUCGAUCGGCGAGGAAGCUUGGAACGUGACACGAUAUACUCGGGACCUCCGAUUACAUUGUUACGGCGAAAAUCCGGCGGCGGAACCGUAUUUCACGAUGAAGGGAACCUGAACUUCAGCGUAAUAUGCCCCAAGCCAAUUUUCCAUCGCGAUAAGCACGCUGAGAUGGUUGUUCGAGCUCUACACAAACUGGGAGCAGCCAAUACAAGUGUCAACGCCCGGCAUGAUAUUGUCAUGAGUCAGGGUACUUCGUAUCAACCACCUGCAAGGGAAGUUGUUAAGGUCAGUAUGAAUGAUGCCGAGAGUCCGCCUGUGGAGAAAACGCCUCGCGCCGUCAAGAUUUCCGGUUCAGCGUAUAAGCUGUCGAGCUUUCGAGCAUUACACCAUGGGACGUGUCUAAUUGAGUCCCCAAAUCUCAAUGCGAUUGGAUCCUUUUUGAGAUCCCCUGCACGGCCGUAUUUGCGAGCGAAGGGGGUUGAGAGUGUCAGGUCUCCGAUUGGCAAUGUAUGCUCUUCUCUCGGUGGCCGGACGGGAGCGAAUCUCAUGCAGUCUUUGGUCGCCGGCAUCAUGGAGGAGUUCGCUUUGAUGUACAACGUGGAAGCGGAUGCAUUGUUCAGCGCCCAGGAUCUUCAUAACGAACCGGGUUUUCGAUCGGGUAGUAAUUGGACCGUCGGCGCCUUCACGAAUAAUACCGUGGUUGGUGUCGAAGAAAUCGAAGAAAAUAUUCGUGAAUUUCAGGUACGUCGCUUACCGCAUGGCGUAUUGCAUUCUAGGCCAGGGCUAAAAAGCGAGUUUCAGUCGUUGGACUGGACAUACAACCAAUGCCCGCAGUUCACGUUUUCUACUCGACCGACAGAGGACGAUCCGCGCCCAAGACCGGUUCCACCGCCCCAUCUCCAUCCUUCUGUACGUGUAUCUUCCGAAAACCUCCCAUACAAAUCAUACCAUAACCAAGCCUCUCUUACUAACGCCGGCCUAAUGCUGGUCUUCCCCCAGACCCAUGUAUUUCUCCGCCUGAAAUCGGGGAAGAUAGUCGAGUCUCACAUCUCCAUGUCCGCUGAUCCAGAGGCCGCUCAGGCUCAGUCUUACCGGGUCCACGAAAUCCUUCGCGACCGCGCUCUCCACGAGAUUUCAGACUGGGCACCGAUCCUCACGCGCGUCGCCGAUGCAUUCGACUGUGCACAGGAUGCAUUCAAUCUGGCCGGAUGGUUGAACAGUAAGCUUGGGCGGUGUUCUAACUUCUAA